CCUCCGCUGCUCGGUUUGUUUUCCGGGUGAUGCUGCUCUUCUCUUCAAAGCAGAGGAAAGUCGGGGGCUCAUGUGUCAACAUCCAGGGUUUCCCCGGGGGAGGCGUAGCGUUAACGUUAUUCCAAAAAACCUGACGUCCCUUUGAGGAUCUUUUUUUUUUUUUUCCUAGCCUGCUCAUCCACGGAGGCCGCGGUGUUUCUGACCGUAAAGACCCGCAGACGAUCUUCGGCUCCUGCUGCUUUGACGUUAGCUAACGUUAUUGUAAACGAUGACAGAGUACAAAGUGCGAAUAGCGUCUCCGAUCAUUUAAUAGUAUCUGGGGACCUGUUAGCUUAGCCAGCUAGCCUGGUAAUUUGACUAGAGCAAGGAAACAGGGCGAAACACACUGCUGACAUGAUGUUUCCUCAAUCAAGGCACUCGGCGUCCUCUCAGUCCAGUCAACCUCUCAAGUUCACCACUUCUGACUCCUGUGACCGCAUCAAGGAUGAGUUCCAGUUCCUCCAAGCACAAUACCACAGUUUGAAGUUGGAGUGUGAUAAACUGGCCUCUGAAAAGUCAGAGAUGCAGCGUCACUAUAUCAUGUACUAUGAAAUGUCCUAUGGCCUCAACAUUGAAAUGCACAAACAGGCUGAAAUAGUGAAGAGACUGAAUGGGAUUUGUGCUCAGGUGCUGCCUUACCUGUCACAGGAGCAUCAGCAGCAAGUGAUGGGUGCCAUAGAGAGAGCCAAGCAGGUCACACCUCCUGAGAUGAACUCUAUCAUACGGCAACAGCUCCAGGUGCAACACCUGUCCCAGCUCCAGGGCCUGGCCUUGCCCGUGACCCCGCUGCCCCUGGGCCUGACCCCUCCCACCCUGCCCGCUGUCUCCUCCAGCUCCGGCCUUCUCUCCCUCUCCUCCAUCUUGGCCAACUAUUCCCACGGCCAGGCCCAGGUGGUGAAGGAGGACAAAGCCCGGGACGCCGCUGAGAGAGCACCCAGAGGAGAGGACGGGGACAAGUCAGACUAGUGCUGACACAGCGGAGAGGUUUGGAGGGGGAUGUCAUGGGGUGAAGUGUCGAAAAAAAGAAAGGUGAAAAUGUAACUGUAAAUGGAGAUUGAUGUAAGUCUGGCUGCCUGUCGGCUGAGUGUUAAUGUAGAAGAGUAACUGCAGGGAUGAUGACAAGCAGAGAGGACGGAGCUAAAGAUUUUGGAUGUGUCGAGAAUGAAACUGCUGAAUGGCUGAGAGUGUGAGUCCUUAUUAUUUAGUGGUAAUAGACUCAGUUCAGGCUUCUAGACUUUAAGUAUAUGCUUUUUUUUUUUUUUUUUUUUUUUAAAGUGUAAGCCACUGUUGUUAGGCUUAACUGAGAUAAAUGUUUUCCCAUUUGGAGAGAGAGCUGAGGAUGAAAGCUAACAGCAGUACCCCUUACAUGGAUCUUCCUCUCACAGGUUUAUUUUUCUUAUUUCUUGUUGAUAUCAGAUCUGUAUCCAAUGUUUUUUUUUUUUUUGUUUGUUUUUUGUUUUUUUUUUAAGUCCUUCCGAUUGUUUCUUACUGGCCCCUGUCUGCCAGUCACAGUAAGCAGUUUUAACAUCUCACUUCCCUCCUUUUCCUCCUUGCAUGACGUACAGUAGCUCAGUAUCAACAAAAUGUUGAUUGAAGUUGUUUGGACAGUGAUAUUGUGUGUGGAGCCAAAUUAAAUCUUAGUUGGAUGUUAAAUGGGAUGUUUUAAAGGGACGUUUCACUUGUCCGGUGCAUUCAAACCCUUCAAAACCUAAACCACCCGUUUUCAUAUGACCAACCACUGGAUGCAUUACCUUAGCUGUGUACCUCAAUCCCAACAAGUGGGAUUUUAUUCCAUUAAGAACCCUAUAGUUUGUACAAAUGAUAGUAAGCCCAGCUCGGGGGGGUUGAUUUGUGUUUCAUAGGCCUAGCUGCUGCUGCUGCUACACGCGCUACAUGGCAUGGACCAUGACUCGUCUCUAAAUGACAAGAAUUUACGCUCUGAAAAAAAAAAUUGACUUUAUUUUGACAUGUUUUCGUGAAGUUAAAGACAGGCUCUAAUUAGUCUAUAAUUGUCUGUGUGUGCUCGAGUGAAUGUGAUUGGAAAGAAGAAAACACUUGCUUAAUUUAACUUUUUUUUUUUUAUAAGCACCUUUUGUAUUUUCCUCACCCCCCUGCGUCAGCCCUUUCGCCUUGCUGGUCCACUGUUAAACAAACUUGAACAGGAUCUUAACUUCGGAACCAGAUGGUCGUAAACAGCAGACGAGUACUGUAUUUCUCUAAGUUAGCAGUGCGCUUCAGUUUAUGCUGAGACUGUAACAAGCAUCUGUCUUUUCCUAUCUUGUGUGUGACUCUUAAGGGGGAUUCUUCCCCUUUCCUUAAUUUUCCCGUUGUUUUGAUGAAGAAUAUGUCUCAGGUGAGUUGCCAAAGCUCUGUAAGCGACAGCAAACAGUUAUUACAAACAGCUUAUUGUGUCCUUUGCACAGAAAAAAAACAAGUUGGUUUUUAUAAUCAGAACAUUUUCAAACAAAAGCUGUGACCCAAAUCCAUACUAAAUGCUAAUUUAAUUCUGUAAAGUAUAUACUGUCUACUUAUCUGGAUAGUAUAUACAGUAUAUUUCUUUUAAUACAAGAAAUGAAAUACAGUUUUGUGCCAACAGGAAAUGGUAUUAGGCAACUCUGGAUAGGCACUGCCAAUUAAACUAAAGAGCAAAAACCUUUAUCCAAAUAUUUCUUACUUUGUUUUCUGACAUCUUGUCUAAUUACCAUUGUCCACAAUUUGUGUCCACUUUUUAAUUAAAAAAUAACAAAAUAAAAAAUCAGUUUGAUUCUUUGAACUGUGAUUUUGCAGAGUGUACAUUUGCCAUAUCGGGAUACAUAUAUAUUAAUAUUGUGGUAACAGUUUUAACCACAGUAUCAGCCCCAUUUGAACAGAAUUUUGUCACUUUAUCAGUGACUUUAACCUGAUCAUCAGACUGAAUUGCCAUUUCGGUAAUCAGAAUUUAAGCAGUGAUUGAUUGGCCGAGGCAAGGGGAUCAUCAGGGUUUGAACUUCUGCCUCUGCCUCUUCUUUUUUCAUUCCUUAAGUAAACAUGACUUUCUGUGCAACACUGUGAAUUCCUUCCAAGAGAGACUGCCUGUAAAUAUGCGUCGUUAUCUGACAGCUGGCUUUUCACGCCUUUUGAAUGUUGCUCUUCGGAUCAACUAUAAAAACUUUUGCCUUUAGUCAUGUCAGUUGUCUCAGCAUACCCGACCCUUAUUCUAAGCAGGUUUUCAGUACAUAACGUGUUCAAACUAGACGUGUGACAAAAUAAAGUAUGCCCAGAACAGUCGGUAUGCAUACAAAAAAUGCUUGAUUUCUGAGUCUAGUACUGAUGGACACUGUUGUCCCAUAAUGCAAGGCACAAAGUAUAUGGAGGAGCUGGUCAUAGCUGUGGACAAAACAAAAAAAAAACCCCAAAACAAUUAAUUGUGAAACAGAAC